CUAAAUUAACGGGCACAUCUACAUUUCUCCAAAGCUUCUUUAAUCCUGCUUAUGCACUUCCCCUAACACCAUUCUCCCACUCUCUGACAUAAUAAGAAUUCCCCUCCCCCUACCAGAAUCUCCACCACGCGCGUCGGCCAGGAUGAAGAUGGACAGCUUCUAGCGCCAUCUACUAACCCCCCUCGCGCCUCUCGAGCCUCUUUCUGUGGUUCUCUCCACCGCAAAAUUGCGACUUCGGAGAUAGUUAGAUGGGGGACGCCGACGCCGACGACGACGACUAGGGGGAUUGACGGGAGUGCUACAGGGAAAGGUACGCGAGGUACGGGUUCUGUGUGGGGAAACCGGCGGGAAGUGAGGUACUGGUACACUUAUAAUCGCACUAUCCCCGACUGCCGCAUCCGUUGAAUCAGAGGUCCCAUAGUUGCUAACUUGUUACUUGUUGUUCCCACAUCGGAAUCCGGUCAUCCAGACACAAACCGGCACUUGCCUCUAUACAACGUGUACGCAUACACUAAUAUCCAACCAAAUAACCCCACAAUCCUUCCUAUUUGAGAACUUAGAAGCGGUCCUGAUGAUACCACGGAUUCCCUGCCCAUUCGCCUCCUCCUCCUCCUCCAGGGAUGGGGGUACGAUGUACGACUGAGUGAGCAUUAUACAACCCAACUCACUACUUACUAACCUCCAUCCUUCCCGGUCCCAAUCCCAAUCAUGCCUACUCCUUCCCAUCAUCCCCGCAAAUAUUCUGAUAUCCCCGCACGCUGUGACGCGCUGACUCCGCACGCAACUUUCCGGAUUGUGAUUAUUCUAGCCUACUGCACACGCACCCUGGUGGUAUCGGGGAAGAGAGGAAAGAGGAAGAGGUUAAUCUCUUCCUCUAUCUCUGGUAUCAUCCCCCUUGCAAGCGUAGAUUGUCGAUCUAGUCUGGGGAAAUUCUUACUUAACAGUUGACAUCUGCCCCGUUGUCGUCUCGUAUCCAUCCUUCUUAUAACCCUCCCUCCACCCUCACCUCACCUCUCCUCCUCCCUCAACCACCCAUACAAUCCCUCAAAAUGCAACACGACUCUUCAGGCCCCGAUUCCACCAUGGAAAAAACCCAAACCACCCUCACCUACGGCGACGACGCCCAGCUCGCCGCCCUAGGCCACCAGCGCGAACUCAACCGCUCCUUCUCCCCCCUAGCCAUGCUAGGCCUCUGCUUCGCCAUUCUCAACUCCUGGACCGCCCUCGCCGCCUCCCUCUCCCUCGCCCUCUCCUCCGGCGGCCCCUCCUCCGUGAUCUGGGGUCUCAUCACAGCCGGAGUCUGCAACCUCUCCCUCGCUGCCUCGCUCGCUGAGUUCCUUUCCGCCUACCCGACGGCCGGGGGACAGUAUCACUGGGUUGCUGUUAUUAGCUGGAAGAAGUGGGUGCCGAUCUUGAGUUGGGUGACGGGGUGGAUUAAUGUGUCUGGUUGGAUUGCGCUUGUUGCGAGCGGGGGGUUGUUGGGGAGCCAACUUAUUAGUGGGGUUAUCUCGCUGGUGAAUCCGGAGUAUGUGCCGAAGCCGUGGCAUCAGUUCCUCAUCUAUAUCGGAUACAAUGUCGUUGCGUUCCUCAUCAACACCUACCUCACACGCAUCCUCCCUACUAUCACCAAAGCCGCCCUCUUCUGGUCCAUCACCGGCUUCGUCGUCAUCUCCAUCACCGUCCUUGCCUGCGCCUCCCCCAACUACUCACCCCCCGACUUCGUGUUCCGCGAAUUCAUCAAUGAGACAGGCUGGCCCGACGGAAUCGCCUGGCUUCUCGGACUCUUGCAAGCCGGGUUAGGGCUCACUGGGUUCGAUGCAGUGGCGCAUAUGAUUGAGGAGAUUCCCAAUGCAGCUGUCGAGGGCCCAAAAAUCAUGAUUGCCUGUGUUGGAAUCGGAGUUUUCACCGGCUUCGUCUUUCUCGUUGUCCUCCUCUUCGUCGCGGGCGACGUGCAGGAGGUUAUCAAUUCAGCUGCUGGUCCCAUGUUGGCUAUUUUGUACAACGCCACAGGCAGCAAGGCCGGCUCCAUCUGUCUCUUAGUCUUCCCCCUCGUCUGCCUCCUCUUCGCAACAACAAGCAUAAUGACCACCUCCUCGCGCAUGACCUACGCUUUCGCGCGCGACGGCGGCCUCCCCGCCUCCCGCUUCUUCGCCAAGGUCCACCCACGCCUCGAUCUCCCCCUCAACGCUUUGUACCUCACCACCGCCCUCGUCGUCGUCUUCGGGUGCAUCUUCCUCGGGUCCAGCAGCGCGUUCAACGCCAUCAUCUCCGCUAGCGUCGUUGCGCUGGGCGUUAGUUACGGGAUCCCCAUCGCGAUUAACUGCCUCAGGGGCCGCAAGAUGUUAGGGCCGCGACCAUUCGUGCUCCCAGACUGGUUGGGGUGGAUUGCAAAUCUGAUCGGCCUCGCCUAUGUCAUCGUCACCACCGUCCUCUUCCUUUUCCCGCCGGAGAUGAAGGUUACGGGGAGUAACAUGAAUUACUGUGUCGUGGCGUUCUUCCUCAUAUUCGUCAUCGCUACCGUGCAAUGGUUCGUCGAUGGCAGGAAGAACUUUAAGGGGCCGAAGUUUGAUGCGCAUGCGCUUGAGCAUGGGGGGGUUAUUGGGAUGGGUGGGGAGGCGGAGGGGAGGAGGAGGAGUGGGGAGAGUGGGGGGACGGUGGUGGAGGAGAUGAAGGUUAAGGAGGAGGAGGAGUAG